CUGGGAGGAAAAGUUAAUACGCAACUGUACUAUGCCUGAAGCACAUUCUACAAGCGGUGGAGUUUAUUGAGGUGGUGGACGCAGAGACAUUAACAUGCCUUACGUACUUCCGGUGGAGCCAGAAGACAGAGGUGGGGCAGAGACGCAAGACCGACAAAGUAACCAUCCAGCUUUUCAGUAUGGCGUAGGCUGGCCCUAAGCAAGGCAACAACAUGCAAACAGCUCUCCACGUGAGCAGGGAUAGAAUCAGUCUCGUCACUGGAUAAAACAACCAAGCAGGGGAUGUUGGGAAGUAGGAGCAUAGGCUCUGUGUUCCUGAUCUGUGUCGUGUGCCUGCAAGCGGCAGUGUUGCCACCACCCUGGGCAGAUCCUGUUCACAACCCGUGUGCAGCCCAGCCUGGUGGAUGGCAAUUGCUGUUCUGGCCAGCAGAUGGGCGGUGCUACAGGAUAUUUCAGCAAGGUCCCCCUUGUCCUCACACAAUGGAACUUGGACCUGGCAUUAAAGGGAACGCAGAGUGUCACUGCCCCCCUGGAACUGCCCAGUCACCCCAAGAUGCACUGUGUCAUAUGCUCUUUAAGCGUGGACCAUGUCCUCAAGGGCAGUAUUUUGCCCCUGUCUCAGACAAGCCAGGAAAAUCUAGCAUCAGCAGUGACAGUGUCUGGACAAGACGGGGAACCUGUCGUGUGCCUGAUCAAUGUCUGGAGCCUGGUCACGUGUUCUGGGCGAGAGAUGAAAUGUGUUAUGCACAAUACACAAGGGGACCUUGCCCUAAGGGGGAGCUCCUUACAGACAUAGGAAGUGGAGGAAUUGCAGAAUGCAAGUGCAGAUCAACAGGUGCACUUGGGCAAUAUUACUGGGCUUCAGGAGACAGCUGUCACGAGCACUUCACACGAGGGCCCUGUCUGGAGAAAGGAACAUUAUUCCUGCCUGGUGGUCAAUGUGGCUGUAAUAAGGACCUUCCACAUUAUGAUGCAAACACAGGACUGUGCUAUGAAAUUGGUGGGACUGGACCCUGCCCACCAGGUCAUGAAUUUGUGCUACUAGGUGACAAGAAAGAGCUUUUGAACACCACAAAAGCCAUGUGUAAAUGCAAGGAAGGUCAUGUGCUCUGGUCAGAAAGUGGAGCUUGCCAUCGCCUAUACACACGAGGACCUUGCUUGGCUGGACAGUUCCUAGUCAAUGCAACAAGCUGUGUGCCUAUUCCUUGCCCACAGGGACAACUAUACUUCCCUUGGGAAUCAACAUGCUACAAGAUUGGUACUAGGGGAUCUUGUCCACCAGGUCAAAUUGUGAUGUUUGAAAAUGUUGUACAGCCAUCCGUGGAUGAGGUGUCCUACAGAGGAAUUUGUGGAUGCUCAGGUUCGACAGACACUUUUAAGCGCCAUAUGACGUAUGAUGAAAGUGAUGUUUCUGAACAAGAAUGCGAUUCAAAAGCAGGAAUGGUUAACUGGAAUGAAACCUGUUAUUUAAUUUACACUAAGGGACCCUGUUCAACAGGCCAGUGGUUGGUGCCAGUGAGGGAACACAGACAGUGGUAUGAACAAACUGGACAAAGAAAACAACUAAAGGCCAUAUGUGAGUGUAGACCUGGAUAUAAACCAGUUAAGAAAAUAGCAAAGAGAGAGAUUAAAACAGGAAGUGACAUUUAUAUUGAACAAUGCCAGCCAUUUUCUGUCACUCUGGCACGCUUCCUGAAUCAGAACUACAAUACACAACAGUGACUUUCUAAAAGCAAGAACUUUUCUGAACUGAUAUAACUGAAAGUGAUCUCUGCAUUAUUAUUAUUAUUAUUAUUAUUAUUAUAGUAACAGCAUUAAUUUUAUACAAGUCAAUGGACAAACCAUAACUGAAAGUGGCCUCUGCAUAAUAAUAAUAAUAAUAAUAAUAACAAUAAUAAUAACAACAACAAUAAUAAUAACAACAAUAACAACAACAACAACAACAAUAACAGCAUUAAUUUCAUAUAGGUCAAUGGACAAACCAUCUCCAAACUUUUCUUUCUUCCCACAAUCUUUACUUUUUGAUUUCUUGCCAUCUACAUACUGAAAAGUUCUAUUGAUGCCUACUACUACACACAGACUAUAUUCAAGAUAAGUGUAGAUUUGUUUACUCUUAACCCUUUCCAAAAUAUUUUUAUUUCCAACCUCAUUUCAACAAACAGAAAUUAAUUAGUGCAAAAAUUAAAAGAAAGAGAACAACACCGCAGUAUGGGAAAAAUGUAAAACUCCUGCCAUCUGUUGUUGCUAUGUGUGAACUACCAGAACAGAUGUCAAAGAAUAUAAAGCUCAAAGAUACAGCACUUUGAACAUGACCAUAAUGUGGUGAUAAAUUCCAAAGUUGGUGACAAAAUGCUUCCAAUAGCAUACUAGUGCAGAAAAAUAUCAUAAUUUUGCUGCUCAGGUGUUUCCAACAAAAGGAUACUAUCAAUAAAGGUCGCAGUUCUCUUUUAAUAAAAUUGUAGAUAUAAAACUAUGUU